AUGCCUGUCGGAUUUAAGCGUUCCCAUUACAAUCACACGAUUUCUUGUGCAGAUUGCUUCAGGGGAACUAUCCACGAGGGAACUCCAAGAGGCAAAGAGGAGACAUUGCAUCAUGUCCUCACAUAUAUCGCCGCCCCCGAGACGCACUCGAGCAAACUCACGGGACAACCAGCAGAAGAGGGCGGCAGCACAUCUCUAUUCGAUGCUCACUUCGUGGCGCACCCAGACGGCCUUAAGGUACCGGAUGACUUGUGUGUCGCAGCCAGCCGGUUCAGAGUCCCCGUCAGCCUUGCAGUUGGAGACCCUGACAUGGUGUUGUCCAAGGCAAAUAUUGACAGCAUUGAACGCGGACUGCGGAAAGCUUUUGAAGGAGAGACGGAUAAUAACGCGACAAUAAGAAUACUAGUCGUCCUCAUUCAUCAGCAAACCGAACUGUGA